AUGAUUACCUCCAACGAUGAUCACGCUCUGAACCAGCCUCAGGCUGAUAUCUGUUUUCUACUCCGCCUUUCUCGCGAGGUGCUCGUCGAGAUUUUGAAAAGAUUUGAGUGGAAGGACGUUCUCGCUAUCCGUCAGUGCUCCCGUCUCCUCUACUCCGUAUCGAAAGAACGUAAAGUCUGGGUUUCGAUACUGGAGAACGACCUCGACACGAGGAUUCCCAGACCGUUCUACCUUCCGAAGCCACUGGCACACUGCUCCUCUGAGGAUUUGGAGAAGAGGGUGGUAGAUUGGUACUUGGGAUGGGGUAGAUUUGGUAGCAGUGCUGGUGGUAUGGACUCGAAUACGGGGCCGGUCCUCAGCGAUCCGACCACAAAUGUUGACAGCAAUUCCAAUACGCACGAGAAAAGCGUUGGGAGUCCUGGUCCCGACAGAAAAGCCACUGCGACCUUGAACACCGGGGCAUGCGCCUUCGAUUCAGAUGAAAUUCCUGUGCUAUGCGGUCCAUUGCUUCCCCUUCCCACCAACCAGUACUUCCUCUACAGCGAUCUCGAGGAUGGGGCUGUCUAUUACGGCGACCCACGCCGACCAGAAUCAGGCGUGUCCAUGCUCGUGCCCUCACCAUUCCCUGAUUUAUUCCCUGAUUUGGAUGGGGAUGAAGACAUAGUGACCAGUGUGUCCAUCGAUGUUCUGGGAGGAGCAGCGGGUGCGGAGGGCCUCGAAGUCGACAAUCGGGAACGGGACCUGGUCUUAAACUUGGACGAAUCAACAUUCCCGACAACCUUUCGCUUAAUGGUGUCCAACUACGUGGAGCUGGACAUUGAUCACCCUGACGUUCUUUUGGCGGAGGACAAUCCAACACCUCUUGUUAUCGAAGUUUGGGAAAUCAGUUCCCAGGUAGCAGAUGAUACGGGGGUUGUGACCGGGUACUCCGCCAGGCGCCUCAGGAGGUUGAUGGACAAUAAAGUCGCUACUCCAGUCAAUGGUAUUUCGAUUCUUGGGAAGUAUGUCGCCUACAGCGAGUCCUGGAACCCUGUGAUUACUAUAGUCGAUUGGACUUUGGCCGAUGACGAUGGUCCAGGAGGGAAGGACGACGACGAUAUCCCCAAGUUGGGCCGGAUGUACGUUCCCGCCAAGCAAUACUCCGAGCAUCUCUUCCUUCUCCCCAACAAGAAGAUCCUCACCUACUCCACCAUGGCUGGCGUCCACGUCUGGGACUGGGAGGGCACAUGUGUCACCGCGACCUCGCGCUAUGAAGUUGUAGAGUCUGGUGUCCCGUCCAUCCCUCUAUGGACCUGCCCGGAGAGGAUCACGGAUCCGCUACACCCCUUCGCCGCGCCCUUCGUCCUGCGUGGCUGCACACGCUUUAUCCUACCCUUUGAUGACCACGUCAUCGGGUUGAGUAUUCAACCAGGCUCGGGUGGGGAUGGAGAGGAGAACGCCAGAGGAUGCAGGAUCACCGCCACGAAUCUUGUAGACCGCUUCCCCCCUAGCGACCUGGACACUCGUGGCUGCUGGUUUGGGUACAGCAAGGGCAUGUCCUAUCAAAGCGAUGAUGGAAGCUAUGAGUGUGUGACUUACAAGUGGCCAAGGCUGGGUGACGAUGAAGAGGAGGGGGAUGAAGAGUCCCACGGUGAUGAAGAACUACCUCAGCCGCCGUCAGUCAAGGUUUCACCGAGGCACCAUUUUGCAAACUUUGGUAUCUCCCAUGUGUAUUAUGAUGAUCUCCAGCGGCAGUUUCUUGGGCUCUCAGAAACCGAGGAUGGGAAGCCUGCGGCGGGUUGUGUGGUGAUGUAUGGAUAG